AAACAAUCACUGCCAAAUCUUUAGUCUGUCCAUUAUCACGACUCGAAGUACUCCAUCACACUUGUCCAAAGACCAAAUCCAAGACCUUUAUUAUGGCCACUCUUGACAAGAUCCACUCCGACAACAACCCUAAGCAGGGUUUCCAUCCUAGCGCUGGCAACUCCAAACCUCUCACAGACAAGGGCCAUCAACCUGGUCGCAAGGUCUCUCCUAAGGACUAUGUCCCUGAAUUCCACGCAGAGACAUACCCUCCUGGAACUGCUCCCGCUUCCAACUCUUACACUCCUAACACCUGGUCGGAGGUGGGAGGCCAGGCUCAGAAUCCCGAUUUUGAGCGAUCUCACGGGAAGGGGUCUGUAAAAACACCUGCGGAACAGAGUUUGCAGGGAGCUACCUCUCAGGAUGUGCACACCGGUCUAGGCCACCCUGGGGGCGGCCAAACGAGCGCAGAGCUUCAUCAUGACGGACAAAAACACCGGAAGAACCCCGGUGGUGGCCUCGAGAGUGUUGGAGCAAGCAGGGAGCCCCGCUUAGAGCGCGAGAUUCCCGGCUUGCGCGGACUUGAGCGUGAGGAAGCACAGAGUGGCCAGCGUGGGGAUAAGGGUGCGCUGGCUGCUGAAGAUAGGCAGCCCGACUCUGCGGAAACGCUGGACGCGGAAUGGAAGUACGAGCCUCAGACCCAGAGACAGAGAUUCAAGUCUUAGGAACACCAUUUAAUAUAAUGUCUUAUAUUAUGUACUAUAAAGUAUGAUGAGCACGGGUAUCACAGUGUUAAUUUGAGCGAAUCAAAAGCCAUAUUGGAAGUCAUCACA